AUGAGUUCGAGCACAAGGCUACUCCAAGCAACGCCUACAAGUACACCGACGCCAUAUCGUAUUUUUGACCGCGGUGCGAAAGAAAUACAACGUUCGCGCGCGGCCAUUCGUCGUCCUGUGGACAACAGCGGCACAGCGUUUGAGGACGAGUCGAAGCGCGGCACACUGUCUCGUCAGACGGACUAUAUCCGCGAGUUUUGUGCACAGAGUCUAUCGGAGCGGCUUCUGGACGUGGACCGAAAAUUCCCUACGGUCGUGGAGCUUGGUGCCGGCGCCGGGCAUUUGCGCAAGCAUUUGGAUGUGCGAGGCACUGGCGUGGAAAAGCUCAUAAUGUGCGAUACGAGCGAAGCACUUUUGAACCGAGACAAAGAUAAGGACGGCGAGUACCCAUUUGAGAUCGAGCGCCGCAUCGUCGACGAAGAGCUGCUCCCCUUCGAGAGCAACUCGCUGGACUGCGUGGUUGCCAGCGGCAGUCUCCACUGGACAAACGAUUUGCCAGGCGCGCUUAUACAGAUCCAGCGUGCGCUCAAGCCAGAUGGCGUGUUUAUUGGGUAUAUGCUUGGCGGCGAUACGCUCUUCGAACUCCGCACAAGUCUCAUGGUUGCCGAGCUAGAACGGCAAGGCGGACUCUCUGUACAUGUAUCGCCCAUGACAGACACGCGCGACGUGUCUUCGUUGCUCUCGCGCGCAAACUUUACACUACAAACGGUCGACUUGGAUGAGAUCACCGUGUACUACCCAGGCAUGAUCGAAAUCAUGCAGGACUUGCAAAAUAUGGGCGAGAGCAAUGCCGUGAGCAACCGCAACACGUUCCUCCAUCGCGACACUUUGAUUGCCGCUGCCGCAACCUAUCAAGCACUGCACGGCACGGAGGAGGGCCAUUUGCCCGCAACCUUUGCGCCCAUCUUUAUGAUCGGCUGGAAACCGUCGCCAGAGCAGCGCAAACCGCUAGAGCGCGGUGCCGCAUCGCAUUCACUCAAGGAUGUGCUCUAG